AUGACUCCUAUUGAGCAUACUGGAAAGCCACAAGUCUCUGAGGAUGAGCACUUUGCUGGUGUGCAAGCCAGUUACUUGUUGGGACACAUGUACUUACGUGGCGAAGGUGUGCCCCAUAAAUAUGCCUCCGCGUUGAUUUGGCUUCAGCGUGCCGCCUCUGAAAAGCAUGGGAAAGCUAUGGUCGAUCUGGGGAUUAUGUAUGAGAAGGGACUCGGUAUUGCCCAGAACCAAACUCAUGCACUCCAUUUAUAUGAUCAAGCCAAGGAGUUGGAUAUGUUGGCCCUACCCCACUUUUGCCGACUUGGACAUAAGCUAGGCAAGGAAAACAUGUUUCCUAUGAAAGAAAUCGGUCAUGGUACUCGUAUAAAUAUGAUGUAUCCUUUCACAUCGACUUCACAGGCUGAUACUUUCCUGGAGAACCAUCUGGUCUACGCUUACUUCCAAGGUCAUGCACUGUUGCGUCAGCUGAGUGAAUCUUCAGAGGAAAAGGAUAUUAGUGAUGUCCUAUCUUACUUCAAGUAUGUGGUUGAGAGGGGUGAUUGGUCGCACCCUAUCUACCAUCGCGGGAUGACUGCCUAUCACAAAAGCGAUAUUAUGACCGCUCUUCUAGCUUGGGGACUCGCGGCGGACGAGGGAAUGCAAGUCGCACAGGAAAAUGUGGCACACAUCCUUGGUCCUCGGCAAUUUGUACGGGCUGUUUAG